CGUUUCACAAGGCGCCACUUUUUCGCGGAAGCUAAGUGUCCGCUUCUCUACUACAAGCGAAAACGGACAGUUUCGACGUGGAGAACUUCGUUUACUUGUUUGUGACCAAACUCGUGUAACUUGUGUGUGUGUGUGUGUCUCUCUCUCUCUCUCUCUCUCUCUCUCUCUCUCUCUCUCUGUGUGUCUGUGUGUGACGCGCUCCUUAGCUGUGUGUGAGACACAGGUGUGAAAACAGGACAGGUGAGCCCGUGCGCGGCCGUAUUAAAAUGGCUUCAGAGAGGAGUGUCGCCGAAGGGUCCUCGGCCCCGGGCCCCGUCCCCAAGGGCAAAAUCCGCAUCUACAGCAUGAGGUUUUGCCCGUUUGCUCAGAGGGCUCGGCUGGUCCUCGCCGCCAAAGGCAUCAGGUAUGACAUCAUUAACAUCAAUCUGAAGAACAAACCCAGCUGGUUUUUGGAGAAGAACCCGUUGGGGGCGGUUCCCGUGCUGGAGACUGACCACGGCGAGAUCAUCUAUGAGUCGCCCAUCGUGUGCGAGUACCUGGACGAAAUGUACAAGCAGAAGAAGCUCUUCCCAGAGGACCCGUUUGAGAAGGCGAAGCAGAAGAUGCUUCUGGAGGAGUUCUCCAAGGUCAUACCGUACUUCUACAAGGUACUCACAGGAAGGAGCAAAUGUGAGAACACGUCGGCCGCGGAGCAGGAGCUCAAGGAGAAGCUGGCUAAACUGAAUGAGACUCUCCUUCAGAAGAAGACCAGGUUCUUCGGGGGAAACUCGGUCACUAUGAUCGACUACCUCAUGUGGCCGUGGUUCGAGAGGGUGGAUGGCUACGGCGUGAGGCACUGCUUGGAUGGUGCCUCUCAGCUGCAACAGUGGAUGCAGGACAUGAUGGAUGACCCUGUCAUCAAAGCCACCAUGUUUGACAGCGAGACCCACAAGGCCUUCCUGCAGAGCUUCUGCGACGGCAAACCAAACUACGACCUGGGCCUCUAGAGGUGCUUCUGCAUGAAGCUCAGCCCUGCACACAUCACGUCCUGUUCUGUCUUCUCACAGUUCUCUUAAUGAUCUUUUAUAGGCGCAAUAUUCAGGUGAAUAUAACUUCUAUUUUAGAUGGCUGGAGCCCAAGUGCUGUAUUCCUGCUUCGUGACGCUUUGAUAUGUUAACUCAGCACUGUUAUUCCGUGGCUGUGAGGAUGAGUGCACUACGAUUAAAAUGAUUGCUCAAUAUUAAGA